AAGCGAACUUCAAUCAUGGCUAACAACACCCCACCCCUCAUCUUCCUCCUACUCCUUUCCUGCGUCUUCUCCGGCCGACUCAUCUCCGACGGCGUCCAUGACGGCUCUCUUGCUCCGCCGCUCUUACUCCGCCUAAAUAACCCCUUCCGAUCAUCCGACACCUGCGACCAGACCUAUGACUUCUUGCCCUGUUCCACCACCGUAUUAGGCAACCUCUUCCUCAUCAUCGUCUAUGGCUAUCUCAUGUUCUUCCCCGCCAUGAAUCUCUCCAAUGGCAGUGAGCUCUUGCUUGCGAUCCUGGGCCCUGGUAUCGUCGGCGGCCUCUUACUUCCCAUUCUCGGCACUCUUCCUGAUGCCAUGCUCAUUCUCGUAUCUGGACUCUCUGGAACUACAGAAACUGCUCAAAGUCAGGUCUCAGUUGGAAUGGGUUUACUUGCUGGGUCUACAGUCAUGCUCCUUACAGUAAUAUGGGGAACUUGCGUAGUUGUUGGCAAGUGUGACCUCCAGGAUUCAAUUGCAAAAGAUGGAGAAGAUACAAAGGGAUUUAGCUUAACUGGAUCUGGUGUAAGCACUGACAUUUGGACUAGCUACGCUGCAAUGAUCAUGGCUGUAUCUGUAAUCCCAUUUCUUGUUGUCCAAAUACCACAACUUAUGAAUUCGACUUCAGCAAAACGCUUAGCAGUCUUGAUUGCACUUGUUGUCUCUUUCUCACUUCUGAUUUCAUAUUGUGUUUAUCAG